AUGGUAGGAUGCGUGCGCCUACUGAGCGAUCGUGACUCCGUGACCACCAGCGUCGUCCUCGUGGUCAUCACGCCCCCGCCCGUGGUAAAGCCGACUACCGCAACGUCGAGGAAACCUACAACGAAGGAAUCUACAAUGGUGCCAACUUUUUCAAGGCUGGACUCCGAGGAAUGCCCCGGAGUGAUCUCCCUCAUGCCCAGCAAGUUGUACCAGCGCGUGGACAAGCAGCGGUCGGACGGCCAGACAUGCGACGUAGCAGUCAACUGUCUAGAAGUCUACAACAAGGUUGUUCGAGAGCUGCUGUGCCUCGACCCGGCCAAGGGCAUUGCCAUAUUGUACCUCCCCAUACUCAAAGUGAAGGAGGCCGGCACACUCCUCGAGCCGCUCUUGAAAGGAAAGAAGCCGACACAGCAUGCCACCGACGCUAAUGCUGAGUCUUCGUGGUCGCACGCCAUCUUCCAGAGCUACACCACUGUGACGGAGAAUGCGACAAGCACGAACAAGGAAAUUCGCCUCUGGGUGUGCUCUGUUGACCUUGCCGGCUCGGAGCACGCAGCUGCGACCAGUAGGGACAGAAAGGAUCAGAUGCGCGGGGGUACCAAGCUCAAUCUGUCGCUCCUGGCCCUCGGCAACUGCAUCGACGCCCGCUCGAAGAACGGGACGCAGCAAGUGCGAUACCAGGACUCCAAGCUGACCCACAUCCUCAAGCACUCGCUGGGUGGCUCGGUCAGCACUCUCAUGAUUGGGACAGUGACGGCGGUGAAGCUCUGCCAUGCGGAAACGUGCAACACCCUGGAGUAUAUGCGCUGA